AUGGCUACCGGAGUGCUUCCCAUUCCUCGUCAUACCAAUACCAACUAUGAGAAUUGGAGUAUCCAAAUGAAGGCGUUGCUUGGAUCUCAAGAUAUUUGGGACAUAGUCGAAAGAGGCUAUGUAGAAGCCGAAGAUAAAGAUAUUCUUAUGGCGCAACAACGAGAGACUUUGAAGAAAGACAAGAAGGCUCUCUACUUCAUCUACCAAGGCCUAGAUCAUGCCGCUUUUGAGAAGGUUGCUAGUGCUACCAAUUCCAAGCAAGUAUGGAAGAUCUUACAAAAUGCUUACAAAGGUGUAGAAAAAGUAAAGAAGAUUCGUCUCCAAAGUUUGAGAGGCGAGUUUGAAACUUUGCAAAUGAAGGAGUCCGAAGUUGUGUCGGACUAUUUCAUAAGGAUGUUGACCGUUGGGAACCAAUUGAGGAGGAACGGCGAGAUACUUGAUGAUAAUCGGGUCUUGGAAAAAAUCCUACGAUCCUUGGACCACAAAUUUGAUUAUGUUGUGGCGGCCAUUGAAGAGUCCAAAGACUUGGACACUAUGACGGUGGAUGAGCUUAUGGGUUUACUUCAAGCCCAUGAGCAAAGAAUACUAAAGAGAAGACAAGAGCUAUUGGAGCAAGUCCUACAAAGCAAGCUCUCCAUCAAUAACAAAAAUGAGGAGUCAAGAGGCGAAAGUAGCCAAAGAGGCCGUGGUCGUGGCCGAGGACGUGGUCAUGGUAGAGGUCGAGGUGGAUCUUAUAGUCGUGGUAGAGGCCGUGGUGACCACAACAAUGUUGGAGAAGGCAACCAGAAUCGUGGAGGAAGAGGACAAAGAGGUAGAGGCCGAAGUCAAGUUCAUGAGAAAGCCAAUUAUGCCAAAAAGGAAGAUGAUGGAGAUGAUGUGCUUCUACUAGCACGAAAAGGAGGAGAUGCUAUCAAUCAAAAUAUGUGGUACUUGGACUCCGGUGCAAGUAACCAUAUGUUGGGGCACAAAGAAAUUUUCAUGGAGCUUGAUGAAUCGGUGAAUGGCCAUGUCUCAUUUGGAGAUGCUUCCAAGGUAAAGGUGAAGGGCAUUG